AUGAAUCAAAUUUUAUGCAAAAAUCAUCCUGAUAAUAGUGCUAUCUAUUUGCUUUGGAAUUCUUAAACUCUCUAAUUUGCUUGUGAAGAGUGCCAUGAAAAUUAUUGUGACAAAAAUUAUGAAGAAUCAUUUAAAAAACUGACAAUUAGAAAAGCUCUGAAAGAGCCUCAUUAUUUUCUAAAAUAGUUUAAUUUAGAUGAGAAAAGUAAAAGGAUAAUAAGGAAUUUAGAAAAUAUACCAGAAACAAUUUUGAAAGAGCUUAUAGAAAAAAUGGAAAAAUCUUUAAGAGAAAUACAAAUUGUAUUUGAGAAAGCGAUUAUUGAAUUGAAGGAGAAAAUUUGUCUUUUACUUCAAAGCCGAGAUUAAUUUAAGAAUAAAUUAGGAAAAGUAUAAAAUACAUAAAUAAUUUAGAUUUCUUAUUACACAUUAUUUAUUCAAAUAAUGGAAAAUCUGAAUGUUUAGUAAUUUGUUACUCAUGAUUAUAUAAAUUAAAUAGAAGAUAGACUCAAGGAGUUAUUUUGCAAAAUUAAUGAUAACUCAGUUAUUUUUAAUUCUGAAAUUUAGGAAUAAUUGAUUCUCCCAAAACUAGAGAAAAAAGAAGGAAUUUCCUAAUUGUAAUUAUUGUAAAAUAGACUGAAUUAAUUCAGACAAGAGAUAAAUCCUUUUUUAGUUAAUAAUUAAGAUCAAUUUUCAAAAUUUUUAACUUUCUCAAAAACUCACAAACAUUUAAACUCUUAAGUUUCUUAAAAUGGUAAAGUGAUUGAGACAGAUUUAAACAUUUGGCAAUGCUGCUUAUGCGAUUAAAUGAUUCCAAAAUUAGGUGUCACCAAAUUUGCUUUUAAGAUUUUAGAAAUGUCAUAUAUAAUGAUUGGAUUUGGGAUUAGAGAGAUAGUGAAAAAUAGCAAUUAUGAAAAUUGUAGUAGUUUAGGAGGAGGGUAUAAAUUAUGAAUUUAAAAGUUUUUAAAAGAACGUAUUGCAUAUAUAAUCCUGGCUAUUGUUACUCUCAUGAUUAAAAAGAAAUAGAUAAUAAAUACAUUGGUUGGGGAUUUUCGACUAAUGAUAUUAUAAUUGUUGAAGUAGAUAUGAAAAAUAAAUAUGUCAAAUGGACUAAAUAAUCCAUAAACAAAUCAUUUGUAUCAAUCUUUUAAUUUUAUUAAGGCUAUGAAUAUCGACACAACAUUAGACUUAUACCCGUGUCUACAAUUAAAUAGUAAAGGUAAAGUUGAAAUUAUAAAUUAAUCAUUUUCAUAAGAGAAUUAUUGA